AUGGCCACCGGGACAGACAUCACCAUCGACAUGGACAUCAACAUCAACGUCAAGUGGAUAUCGGCCAGACCAGGCCAGGCCAGUGGAGCGUCGUUGUGCAACGCCUUGGAUCGCAUUGCGUGGAAUGUGCACUACAUUCACUUUCUAAUUGAACCAACCCCGAGGCCUAUUGUCCAGUUCAGAUUCUCCCCGAGAUUGUGGAAAUACUUGGAACUCGAACUGGAGUUGGGCGAAAAAAUGUCGGGCAGCAAAUUGCGUGGCACGAACGCGGUACGCAGUACGCAGAAUGCAACACUUGGCGGCGUUGGCGUGGUAAUUAUAACGACGCCCCGUUUGAUUGCCACAGAUACAGGUCGGUUUAUGUACUUUGUUGCCAUCGCUCUGCUGUUCGCCGCCGCCCAGGCCGUUCCCAUCGAGCUGGGCCACUAUGCUCCGGCGCUGGUGCAUCAUGCGCCCGUCCUGACGCACGCCGUCCAUGCCGUCCACGCCGAGCCGGUGGCCUAUCCCAAGUACUCCUUCAACUAUGGUAUCAAGGAUCCCCACACUGGCGACAUCAAGUCGCAGGCUGAGGAGCGUGACGGUGAUGUUGUGAAGGGCCAGUACUCUCUGGUUGAGCCCGAUGGCUCCGUGCGCACCGUUGACUACACCGCCGACGAUCACAACGGAUUCAAUGCCGUCGUCCACAAGACCGCCCCCACCAAGAUCAUUGCCCAUGCGCCGGUGGUGCAUGCCCCCGUCCUGGCACAUGCCCCCCUGCUGCAUCACUACUAGGCGAGCAAGCGAGGAGCCUGACACAGUCACCCCUUCUGGUGCUCUCCCUCUUGCUCUCAUUUAUCCACCACCACAACAA